AUGUAAAAGAAGAGAGCCGGAGAAGUGAAACUUGCACCCUGCUGAACUGCAUCCAUCAUUCACUCGCAUAUCAGAGACACAAGUAGAAACGAGAUGGCAGCCGGGAAUGAAGAGUGGAGGAAAACGGCAGACACCCACAAAAUGAGUCCAGAGGAAGUGAACAGGGCUGGAGUGGAGGGAUCCAAGAGGCCACCUGGGCAACACCCGGGGGGAGUUCUUCACCAGAGACGCACCCUUCCUUUUAGCCCCACUGGGAUGUUCCUCGGUGGCUUCCUCAUCUGCACCGCCAUAGGCUACUUCACCCUCUACUCCCUGAAAAAGCCCGAAGCCUCCGCAGGAGACGUUGCCCGGGUUUCCACCAAUAUCACCGCCACCCCUGAUGACACCAAACCCAGGACGGGAACUAGUUCUAGCGCUGUUCGCUGAUCAGCUUCCAAUACCUGAUUUCUUUUUUUUCUUUUUUUAAGAAAAAGAAGCUUUCGUAUGCCUGUUGUAAUUGUAAUUUUCUUGUUCGUGCACUUCACAAUAAUAUUCGGCCUGCACUUUCACUUU